AUGAGCGGCCUGGAUCAAGACCAGCGUGUCCAUCGUGGUUGCCGUGACAAAACAACAGUCGCAAACGAUUCAUCUGAGACUUGUGAGCCUGCCAAGCAACCUCUCCAUGGUCUGAAAUUGGCAUCCCAUGCAGUUUUAGAGAAAGCACAGCAGAGGGGCAGGCUGAAGUGCUCCAAAUGUGGAGGAUCAAGGAUGUUCUUUUGCUACACAUGCUGCUCAUUAGUGGGUGUCAGCCUGCAAGAAAUUCCAUCAGUCAAGCUUCCCAUAAAGAUAGAUAUAAUCAAGCAUCCAAAUGAGACUGAUGGCAAGAGUACUGCAAUCCACGCCAAGCUUCUUGCACCCAGUGAUGUCACCAUAUACACUUACCCCUGCAUACCUGAGCUCAACAAACAUAAGGUGGUGUUAGUAUUUCCUGGUCCACAGGCAGUCUCCAUUCAGGAAAUGGUACAGUGUUUGCGUAACAAGAUUGACAGUGGGCCACACAAUCGCUUCAGUGAACCCUGUGUAAAGAGGCUAAAAAGGGAGGACGUUACAGAUGCUACACACAAUGAAAACAGUUCUAAGUCAGGGCCUAGAGAUGAAAAAGAGAUCUCAAAGUCGAGGGUGUUUCCCCUACAGCAGGUGGUCUUCAUUGACAGCACAUGGAACCAGACCAGCAAGAUCAGCACAGAUGAGAGACUGCAAGAUUUGGUCCAGGUAGAACUGAAGAUGAGGAAAACCUGUUUCUGGCGCCACCAGAAAGGCAAACCAGACACUUACCUAUCUACUAUUGAGGCUAUUUUUUAUUUUCUAAAAGACUUUCAUGAGCACUGCCUUGUACAGGACUACCAUGGAGAAUAUGAUAACCUCCUCUUCUUCUACUCCUACCUGCACUCAGUUGUAACCAAAGCCAAGACCUUGGCUGGAAAAUGUUGAACUGUGUAAAGAGACAUUGAAAUCAGCUGCAAGCUAUGUCCCAGAUUGUAAAGUUUGUGAUAUGAAUGCCUAAUAUGAAGCUUAUAAUGUACGUACAAUAGCAGUUAGAUAUAAAAAAAAGUUAGUGAUUUUGACUAACUCUUACAUGUACAAGGAAAACAAUUUCAGAUUAGUUUAAAUAUUUAUUUACAAAUCAGUAUAAGUUUGUUUUUUUCAACUGAAUUAGUUUUGUGCUUCUCUAUAGUAGAAUAUCAUUAGUUGCUGUACCAAUAAAUUCCAUAUACCCUGCCAAUGCUGGAAAUACAGUAUUGUCAACCUGCCUCUUUGAUGAAUAUAUGCCAAUGUAAUAAAUAGCAUCUAGUAGAAGGCCUCUCUGA